CUCAUCUUCACAUCUUUUCCUCCCUUAAUUUGUUUUUAAGAGAAUAGUCUUUUCUUUUCUUCCUUUCUCUCUAAAUCAAUAACUGUAGAACGGUGUUCGUUGCCCGAAAGUACAUGAACCUUGAGCGUUGAGAGCCAAAAGGGAAGUGUAGAAGUACAAUUGGCGGGGUUUCUCUUCUGUUGGUUGUUUAGCUGCACUAAGCUGACAACAAUGGCGGAGUUAAUAGUUAUACGUAACCAGCUUUUCGCCAAACCCUUAUCUUUUUCACCAUCAUGUAAACUAAUGCCUAUGAUACUCAAUCGCCAACCCUUCAAAUUCAGUUAUAAUCCUCAAUCUCUUUCUCAAAGUUUUGGCAGAUUCAACCGCCCCCUUCUCAUUCAUCCGAUUCCUCGAUCUCGUCCGUUGUGCAAGAUGCAAGACUCCGAUAUGAUAUCGCAGCUGGAGGUUGGAAAAUAUAGCGACAAGAGGAAGCCAGAGAAGCGAGUGAAUGGGAUAUUCUGGAUUUUACUACUUAAUAUUGGAAUCUAUGUAGCAGAUCACAUAUUUCAGGUUCGUGAGAUUAAAGCUUUGUAUUUAUACCACAAUUUUCCUGUUUGGUACCAGUUUGUGACUGCAACUUUCUGUCAUGCUGAUUGGAAUCAUCUGUCUAGCAACCUUUUCUUUUUAUAUAUAUUUGGAAAGCUUGUUGAAGAAGAAGAAGGAAAUUUUGGAGUGUGGCUUUCUUAUAUCUUAACGGGUGCUGGAGCAAAUCUUGUUUCUUGGCUUAUACUUCCAAGAAAUGCGGUUUCUGUUGGUGCCUCUGGUGCAGUGUUUGGUCUUUUUGCAAUUAGUGUUCUUGUUAAGCUCUCGUUUGACUGGAGGAAGAUUCUUGAAGUACUUAUCCUUGGUCAAUUUGUUAUUGAAAGGGUGAUGGAAGCAGCUCAAGCUUCAACAAGUUUUGCAAGCAGUAAUAGUGGUAUGCAGAAUGUAAAUCAUAUUGCUCAUCUUUCUGGUGCUCUUGUGGGUGCGACUUUGGUGUGGCUUCUCAGCAGAGUUCCUUCUCAAUCUGUGGAGCAUCAUAAUAAAAAAUGAUUAUGCCAUUCAUAAUAAAUUAAUACCCAUUCCAUUUCAACCAUUUCUGCUGUUUUUGUUAAUCGUUUGUGUUACAUAUUAAACCAAUCACUUGCUGCUGUUUCAAUGCAUAGCACAUCCCAUAUUUUGGGUUAUGGUUACACCAGCCAACAGACUGACUUUAUCAAUUAUCAUCCAUCUGUAUCUUAAAAAAUUGGCAAAAAAAAGGUUAUCUUAAAAAAGGUCUGUUGAUAGGUGACUCUUGAGUUGUUCAUGCUACCAUCAGGCAUCCGUGGUGGAUCUGGAUCCGGAUCCAGACCAAAAAUCAAUGGGGAUCCAUUAUUAUAUAAUUAACAGCAAGGAUUAGAGUGGAUUGCAUUAGAGAGAAAUCCUUUUACAGAUCUAUAAUGUUAGCGUGUAAUUUUAGUAUCUGAUAUUUAUUUUUUUAUGUAGGUGAUUUUUGAUUUGAUUUCGAUCAUGAACACUUAUGGAGUUAAAUUUAUUUAGGAUUUUCA